AUGCGAUUGCAAAUUUCUCCACCAAGCCAAUCUUUUGCUACAACAUCGGACAACAUCAACUGCAGACUUCAGAGUUCUGUUUGUCUACGCUCAACAAAACCUCACACCCGAACCCUGGUCGUGGACAUGCCAGGAACGAACAUAAAACUACUCGAGGACGAAUGGGAGCCAAAGAGGUCUAUUGUGAGCUUUACCACUCCGACCAGCUCCGAUGAGUCUCGCCCAUCCAAGGCGUUACCUCCUGCUUCCAAAUCUCUCCUUCCGAAGAAGUCAUCCUUUAGAAAGUCCAUAAUGGGAAAGUUCAAGAAGGAAAAGACUGUCACUUCCAGCGAUCUGAGGUCCGUAGUAUUCAUAUUUUUGUAAUACCCAACUGACAUGUAGCAGCAAAGCCCUCCAUCCGCAGCUCAAGCCCAUACCGCCAAUCUCCCCUGUACCAAACAUCAUUAUGACACCGGCCUCUUUUGAAGACUCAAAACCAUCAUCGCUUUCAGUCGCAAUUGAUAUGAUAGAGAUCAACAAUCUCUGCGACACCAUAGCAACAUAUCGGACAGACUCAAAACAAUGUUGCCGCUUGAAAGGGGAAGAGGGAAGUUUUGCUCUCCAGCCCCUCGGCGCAACUGAUAUUGGUGAUACCAUCUCACUCGAGGAGAUCCUAAGGAAAGAGUCCAAGAUAAGUUUGACAAGGCGCCAAAGAUAUAAUAUUGCUCUAACACUGGCGUCUUCGCAUCUCCAACUUUCCUCCACAUCAUGGAUAAGUUCUCAAUGGAGAAAAAGUGACAUCUUCUUCAUCCGAAGAAGCUCAAAUCCAGAUGAAAUAUAUCUCGACAAACCAUACGUAACACGCAACUUUAUGCCCAAUCUCCUGGAUACCGACCAUCCCCAAGACCACAGCCUCUCAAAUCUUGGUAUUAUGUUACUCGAAUUAUGUUUUGGUACCGCGUUGGAAGAUCACCAACUGCGGAAGAAGUAUCCUUCUAGCUCAACGCCUAAUAUGUUCUCGGAUAAGGCCGCGGCAUUAGAAUGGUCCCAUCGUGCCGUUGAAGAAGCUGGACCAGAGUUUGCGGAUGCUAUCUUAUGGUGUCUUCAUAAUAUGCCGGGGAGUGGAGAAUCGGAUAACAAAUUGGAGAAACGUCGGGAGGAGCUAUUUGUGAAAGUUGUGGAGCCUUUGAAGUAUUGUUGCGACCGGUUCAAUACCGCUAGAAUAUGAGGGUGAGACUGAAUAUUUGUACUACCCUUCCUCGGUGGAUCGAAUCCAUCGAGAGAAUAAAAUAUUUUCUCGCCGCACUGGGAGGGCUACCUGUAAAACUUCAGGUAAAGCUUCAGGUAAAACUUCAGGUAAAACUUCAGGUAAAACUUCAGGUAAAACUGCAGGUUCACCAGAAGGUGCAGGAGAAUUGCUAUUAUCCUCGAAAAGAAUAUAGAAGAUCGAAAGGGUUAAUAUAAUUCCUCCAUGUCUUGCCAAGCAGUACACUACCAUCCUCAAUUACGUCGGUAAUCAUAAACCAUUUCCAAUAUACAUGAAAUAUAUAUAUAGUGACCGAAAGUCUCACAAGCUACAGGUGAACGGAUUCCAAAUACACUAGAGUGGUUAGGUG